AUGAAGCCAGAAGCCAUCUCUGCAUUCUUCACUCAACCCUAUGUGAAACAUUUAUGUCUGCAAGUUGGGAACAGGGCUGAACUGAUUAAGACUUUUACACAGAAGGAUAUUGCCACUUUUUCUGAUCUCACAGGGGAUACAAACCCAUUACACCUGGAUGAAGAAUAUGCAAGGAAGACCCGAUUUGGUAGAACCAUUGUGCAUGGGGUUUUAAUCAAUGGGCUCAUCUCUGCUGUUCUGGGGACUAAAAUGCCUGGGCCUGGCUGUGUUUUUCUUUCACAGGAGAUUAAAUUUCCAAACCCUUUAUAUGUUGGAGAGGAGGUUUUGGCCUCAGCAGAAGUGGCGAAACUGAAGAGAAGCCUUGCUUUUAUUUCAGUGUCAUGUACAGUUGUAGAGAGUGGUAAGACUGUCAUGGAAGGGACUGUUAAAGUCAUGGUGCCAGAAGAUCACAAGUUGCAAGUCUGAUUUUGCAGUGCAUCAUAUUCUGUAUCAGAAAAAAAAGAAAAAACAGGAACAUCCUCUAAUUAUUUAGAGCAGUGGUUCUCAACCUGUGGGUCCCCAGGUGUUUUGACUUAUAACUCCCAGAAAUCCCAGCCGGUUUUCCAGCUGUUAGGAUUUCAGGGAGUUGAAGACCAAAACAUCUGGGGACCCACAGGUUGAGAACCACUGACUUAGAGGAUCAAACAUUUUGGCUACAGUGUAUAACAUAUUAGACAAGAGCAAAGGUAUCCUGUCUUUUUUCUUGUAUUCAUUUGGUGUAGUCCUGGCCCAUCUUACAAAACUUCUGGGAGCAACAAAUUCACUAAAAGAUUGGCAUAAUUUGUAUUGCA